AUGGAAAACCUCGCGGAGAACGACAUGCUUGUCGAUGACUAUGAUUACCCGACCGAACAGACCGAUGUCGUUGUCGUGUCUCCCUCGGCCUCCGAUCCCGAGUCCCCUGCGACCGCAGAUGACCACGCCGCCAUGAUGGCCAAGAUCCUCCCCAAGAUCCCGGACCUCGAGAUCGAAGAUGAGGUUGUCAGCACAUGGCGCCUGUCGGAUUGGCGGAAGAUGGAGCGCAAGUCACACGGCCCUGUCUUCCAGUGCGGUGGCUUCCCUUGGCGCAUCCUCUUCUACCCCUACGGUAACCACGCCGAACAUGCCUCGUUUUACUUGGAACAUGCUUGGGACGGCGAGCCACCAGCCAACUGGUACUCUUGUGUGCAAUUUGGCUUGGUGUUGUCGAACGUCAACGACCCUUCGAUCUACGUGCCACAUGUCGCAACCCACCGAUUCACCGCCGAAGAGGGUGAUUGGGGCUUUACCAGAUUCUAUGACCUCAGGGGGCUCUUCACCGAUCCCUUCGAGGGCAAGAAUGUCCCGUUGGUGCAGAAUGACGAGGCAAACAUCACGGCCUACGUGCGUGUGGUGAAGGAUCCCACGGGUGUCCUGUGGCACAGCUUCCAAAACUACGACUCGAAGAAGGAGACCGGUAUGGUCGGAUUGAGGAACCAGGGAGCUACCUGCUACCUCAAUUCGCUUCUGCAGUCCCUCUAUUUCACAAACGCCUUCCGCAAGGCCGUCUACCAAAUACCCACCGAUCAGGAGGCUUCGCGGGAGAAUAGUGCGUGGGCUCUCCAGAGAUUAUUCUACAAUCUGCAGACGAACGAAACCGCCGUCUCGACGACUGAGCUCACCGCUUCCUUCGGCUGGCAAUCUAGCCAAAUUUUUGAACAGCAAGAUGUACAGGAGCUUUCACGAAAGCUGAUGGAGAGAUUGGAGCACAAAAUGAAGGGUACCGUUGCCGAGAAGGUUCUACCAGAUCUGUUCGUCGGAAAGACCAAAACAUACAUUUCUUGCAUCAAUGUCGACUACGAAUCUUCACGCGUGGAGGAAUUUUGGGACAUCCAACUCAAUGUACGAGGUAACAAGACCUUGGACGACAGCUUCAAAGAUUACAUCCAGGUCGAGACCCUGGAGGGAGAGAACAAAUACGAAGCUGGCGCGCCUUACGGUCUGCAAGACGCCAAGAAGGGUGUUAUCUUCGAGAGCUUCCCGCCAGUUCUACACCUCCAUCUCAAGCGAUUCGAAUAUGAUCUUAACCUCGAUAUGAUGGCGAAGGUCAACGAUCUGCACACAUUCCCUAUGGAAUUCGAUGCCGCCCCUUACCUUUCAAGCGGCGCGGAUAAGUCGGAGUCCUGGGUCUAUCAAUUACACGGCGUUCUUGUCCACAGCGGUAACCUUGAUGCCGGACAUUACUACGCUUUCCUCAAGCCCACCAAGGAUGGAGACUGGUACCGCUUCGAUGACGACCGCGUCAACCGUGCAACUGACCGCGAAGUGCUGGACGAGAACUAUGGAGAUACUCAGCAGCGCACAAAUGGAUCUGGAGGUCGUUCCGCUAUCCGCACUAACAAUGCCUACAUGUUGGUCUACAUUCGCAAAACAAGACAGGAUGACGUGCUUUUCCCAGUCACCAAGGAUGAUGUACCCUCUCACAUUGAGAAGCGCCUUACCGAGGAUCGGGCUGAGAUGCUGCGCAAGAAAAAGGAGAAGGACGAGGCUCAUCUCUAUAUAAACGUGGGCGUUCUGGACGAUGAUAAAUUUAAGAACCACCAUGGAUUUGAUCUGACCAGCACCGACCUGCCUGCGGAAGACCCGGCGCUUCCCCAGCAAUACAAGACCCUUCGUGCCAAGAAGGUGAGCGAGUUCGCACAGGAAAUCGCCGAGGAACGGGGUCUCAAGGCCGAGGCCAUCCGAUUCUGGGUCAUGGUGAACCGCCAAAACAAGACAACCAGACCCGAUCAGGUCAUCCGUGAUCAAGAAAUGACCCUUGAAGAGGCAUACAACAAGUUUGGCACCAAGGGUCAUGUUUUCCGCGUGUGGAUGGAAGUCGCACCUGCGGGUGCAGAUGGACAGCCUGGGUCGUGGCCCGAUAGCGAUUCGGUUCUCAUCUUCUUGAAAAACUUUGACGUUGCAACUCAAACCCUGGCUGGCGUUGGCUCCGUCUAUGUCCGCAAGAGCCAAAAGGUGAGCGAGUUGGCACCCACAAUUCUCUCUCGGAUGGGAUGGCCCGCCGGAACAGACUUCUUGCUUUUCGAAGAGAUUAAGCACAACAUGAUCGACUCCAUGAAGCCUAAGCAGACUUUCCUGCAAUCUGAGAUCCAGGACGGCGAUAUCAUCACCUUCCAACGCUCGCUCAAGGAUUCGGAGGUACCAGCCUCGGCAAUCUACACCGACGCCAAGCAAUUCUACGAUUACCUUCUCAACCGCAUGGAAGUUACUUUUGCCCCGAUUAAAGCCAACGAAGGCGAGGAAUUCUCCCUUGCUCUCAGCCGCAAAAUGACCUAUGAACAAUUCUCCAAGAAGGUUGGCGAACACCUUCAAGUGGAUGCCACUCAUCUUCGAUUUGCCCCCGUCAUGGCGAGCAAUGGCAAGGCCAAGCCCUUCCUGAAGCGGACUGUCGGCCAGAACCUCUCUCAAAUCUUGACUGGCCAGUAUGGUGCCUACGGGUACACUAUGCACCGACAGGACGCUUUGUACUACGAGAUCUUGGACAUGAGCUUGAGUGACUAUGAGAGCAAGAAGUGCUUCAAGGUCACAUGGCUGCCAGACGGCGUCAGCAAAGAGGAGAACAUCGAGGUUCUUGUUUCUCGCAGCGGCACGGUUGUGGACUUGCUUUCCGAAAUUCGACAAAAGUUGAAUCUUGGAAAUGAGCCGAUUCGGGUUGCCGAAACUCACAGUGGAAAGGUUUACAAGGAACUCCGAGAAGAUCAGAACGUGGCAGCCAUCAACGAAUACGCCACGCUUUACUCUGAGAAGAUUCCCGCUGAGGAGUUGAACCUGGAGGCCGAUGACCGCGUGAUCAGCACCUUUAGCUUUGACCGCGAGCCCAGCCGGACUCACGGAAUUCCUUUCAAGUUCGUUGUGAAGCACGGUGAACUGUUCUCUGAGACCAAGAAGCGACUAUCCGCACGUACACAGAUCAAGGGCAAGAACUUUGAAAAGAUCAAGUUCGCCGUGGUUCCCCGUGCGUCAUUGUCGAGCCCCAAGUAUUUGGAAGAUGGCGAUAUCUUGUCUGAUGUGGCCGGUAGCCCUGAUGACUUCCUGGGCCUUGACCACCCCAACAAGAACCGCAGCUUCUGGGGCAAGAGCGAUGGAUUCUCCAUUCGGUAA